AUGGCUCCGACCCUGCCGCGUUUCGCGCUCGGGAGAGCGGCUGCGACUGCCCCGACUGCCAUGAGUGCAGCGUUUGAUUCCCUGCUUCAAGCUUGCCUCCGAAUUCUCACUUUCUGCCUUCCGAUCUCCCUUUCUUGCCUCCCUGUUCCGAUCUUCCCUUCCCUCUUUCCCCAUUUCCCCUUGCCUUCCCGCAUCCCCAAUUCCCCUUUCCUCCACCGCAAUUCCCCUUCCCGUGUCAUGAUUACCCCUUCCCGCCUCCCCGGUUUUCCUUCCCGCCGCGCAUUUCCCCUUUCCGCCUCCCCGAUUCCCAUUCCCGCUCCCGGUAUCCCAUUCACACAUUUGCGUUUCCCCUUCCCGCACCCCAUUUCCCCUUCCCGCCUCCCCGUUUCGCAUUCCCGCUCUCCCACAUUCGCGUUUCCCCUUCACGGUCCCCAUUUCCCCUUCCCACCUCCCCGUUUCCCCUUCCCGCUCCCCGUUUCCCCUUCCCGCUCCCCGUUUCCCCUUCUCGCUCCCCGUUUCCCCAUCCCACCUUCCCGUUUCCCCUUCCCGCUCCCCAUUAUCCCUCCCCGCCUCCCCGUUUCCCCUUCUCGCCCCCUCGUUUUCCCUACCCGCCUCCCCGUCUCCCUCUCGUUUCUCCACCUUCUCCCUCUCGAUUCCCCCCUUCCCCCUCUCGUCUACCCCCCUCCCCCCUCUCAUGUCCCACCUUUCUCCUUCUCAUUUUUCCCCAUUCUCCGUCUCAUCCCCCCCCCCCCCCCCCCCCCCUUCUCAAGCUCACCUACCCCCUUUCUCCCUCUUAGCUCCUCUCUUCCUACGCCCUGCUUCCCCCUUUACUCUCUCGUCCCUACACCCUUCAUUCCCCUCUCCGCUCUCUGCCUUAUACCCUUCUACCUCCUUUCCCCUCUCUGUCUUACACCCCUCUUGAUUUAUUCUCCACUCUGCCUGACUCCCUUCUUCCACCUUUCCCCUCUCUACUCCACACCCUUCUUCUCCCACCAUGCGUUCUCCCCCUUAUAUCCUGCUAAACCCCAUUUCCCUCUCUUCCCUACACCCUGCUUCCCCCUCUCUCUUCUCUGCCUUACGCCCUGCUUUCCCCUUUCCCCUAUCUUCCCUACACCCUUCUUCCCUCUUUCUACCCGCGCUGCUUCCCUUUUUCCCUAUCUCCCUUUCCCUCUUUCACCCUGCUUCUCCCGUACCCUGCGACGUGGCGCUAAGUGGGAAAGGCGCGCAGCGGGUGAGGAGCCAAGCGGGAGAGGCCACCUAGCGAGUGUUGAGAGUGGCGGCGUGGCCAACGCAUGA